AUGCAUCCCACUGUGUUCCUCGCUCUCUGCGCCAUCGCCGUGGCGGCCCCGGUUCCAAACCCCGAGCGGACUGUGCCGUUCAUCGACAUUAGCAACAACAAGAUUGACGUUCCGGUCAACGUGCUCGGUCUGCAGACCCACGACAUCUCCGCCGCCAACGGAAACCUAUCGCCGAACCAGGCAUCGGCGCCCGCUGCCCAGGCGGCCGCCCCGGCGCCUGCUGCGGCGCCUGCGACCAAAAGCAAGGGCGACGGCAACUCCGCCGACGGCAACACAGUGACGGUCCCGGUCAAUGUUCUUGGCGCUCAGACACACGAUAUCUCGGCCUUCAACGGUAACCUCUCGCCUGGUUCGGCACCAGUGCCUGCUACUCAGGCCGCCCCGGCGCCGGCUGCCGCGCCAGCCGCGAAUGGCAAGAGCGGCGGCAACUCUGCUGACGGCAACACGGUGACGGUCCCGGUCAAUGUCCUCGGUCUGCAGACCCACGAUAUCUCGGCUUUUAACGGCAAUGGAUCGCCGAACCAAGCAUCGGCUCCCGCUGCCCAGGCUCCCGCUGCCCAGGCUCCCGCUGCUCAAGCUCCUGCUGCUCAGGCCCCGGCUCCCGCAGCAGCACCGGCGGCCAGUGGCAAGGAGGGCGGCAACUCCGCCGACGGCAACACGGUAACGGUUCCGGUCAACGUUCUCGGCGGCCAGACACAUGACGUCUCGGCCUUCAACGGCAAUGGAUCGCCUGGCUCGGCAUCCGCGCCCGCUGCGCAAGCUGCCCCGGCAACAGUUGCCGCCCCGGCUGCUGGAUCCUCGAAUGCCAAGAGCGGCAACGGUACCUCCGUCGACGGUAACACAGUCACUGUCCCAGUCAACGUCCUUGGUGCCUCGGCCCCCGCUGCUGCGGCGCCCGCUGUUGCGGCCCCAGCUGCGCCCCCGGCUGCUGCAUCCGCCAAUGGGAAGGGCGGCAACGGUACCUCCAUCGACGGUAACAAGGUGACGGUUCCGGUCAACGUUCUCGGCGUCCAGACGCACGACAUUUCGGCUUUCAACAACAACGGCGGCUCCGCAAACCAGGCGCCGGCCCCGGCUUCUCAGGCUCCCGCUGCUCAGGCUCCCGCGGCAGACCCUUCCACUACCAAGGGCAACGGCAACAGCGUCGACGGCAACACGGUGACGGUCCCGGUCAACGUUCUCGGCGCGCAGACGCACGACAUCUCCGCCUUUAACGGCAACUUUGCCACGAACAAGGUCGCCGUACCAGCGACGCAGGCCGGCAGCGCCAGCGACGCAAGCUCCGGGGUCCCGACGGCCGUGAAUGCGGCUCCGGCGGCUCCCGCCGUUCCAGAUGCGCUCCUGGGCGCUGUGAGCGGGUUGUCUUCUGCGCUGUACAGCUUGUCUGCCGCCAUCACAAACUUUGGAGGCGCGCGGGCGUAA